AUGAUAAUAUACCGUGCAGUACAAACUGCGCUAUUGGCAGGUUUUUUUUUGAAAUCUGGGGAGUGUUUAGCUUCCAAUGGGAGCACUGCAUUAAUUGGGGACGAAGAUAUGCAAACUCCCUUUCCAGAAUGGCUAAAAGAAUUUACCAAUAUUACUCAAUGGCCUGGGCUUGACCCACCUUAUAUUCCACUAGAUUACAUAGAUCUCACUAAAGUCCCAGAGUUUGAACGGUAUCAAUCUGGUAGGUGUCCAAACAUUUCCAGAGAACAGUGCUCAUUCGACUGUUACAACUGUGUUGAUGUUGAUGAUGUUACUUCGUGUUUCAAGCUUUCUCAAACAUUCGACGAUGGUCCGACCCCAGCAACAGAGACAUUGCUUGAAAAUUUGAGACACAGGACCACUUUUUUCGUUUUAGGAAUUAACACUGUUAAUUUCCCUCAUAUAUACGAGAGUGUCGUAGAGAGAGGUCAUUUAGUCGGUACACAUACUUGGUCACAUGCAUUUUUACCAAGCCUAUCAAAUGAAGAAAUCGUAGCCCAAAUCGAGUGGUCAAUUUGGGCAAUGAAUGCUACCGGUAAACACUUUCCUAAAUAUUUUAGACCUCCUUACGGGGCCAUUGAUAACAGGGUGAGAGCUAUUGUUAAACAGUUUGGGUUAACUGUGGUCUUAUGGGAUCACGAUACUUUUGAUUGGAAAUUAAUUACGAAUGAUAAAUUAAGAACGGAGGAGCAAAUAUUCAAGGAUAUAGAGACUUGGAAGAGUCAACGAAAAGGCUUAAUUUUGGAACAUGAUGGUGCACGAAGGACUGUCGAUCUUGCGAUUAAAAUCAAUAAAUUAGUUGGUAAUGAUCAAUUGACUGUUGCAGAAUGUAUUGGUGAUACAGAUUAUAUAGAGCGAUAUGACUGA